GCUGUAGCAGUUACGACUCUCACAGCGAUGUAGCGGACGACAGCAAGGAGCAGCGCAGAGACCUUUUCGGCGGCGACGACGACGACGACGGCUCUUCUUUGCCCUCCUCCGCUAGCUCAUCAUCCUCUGCAGAUAUGGAAGAUCAAUCGUCUACAACAACGUCGUCCAGUGACGAGGAAGAAAAGGAAGACUUAUUUUCCUCAUCGUCUGCAGCCGAAGAGAAUUGUGCAGCGGACGAUGAGUACUAUGAUCCUCUGAUGCACCCGGGUCGACAUCAUUGUUGUGAUCAUCUGGAGAAUGCUGAUGUCCAUGGUGCAACUGCGGGCGUUUAUUCACAACCUCAGCGCUCUUACCCGUCUGGUGGGGAUAGUACGACCCAUACGUUUGACUGGAACCACCGCGGGGACCAGGUACAAAAUCCCGACUCUUGUGCUGCAGAACAAACUUCCUCGUCCUCUUCGCGCGUGUUUGUCAUCGCACAAGUGCUGCCGUCGAGCGCGGCAGCCGGAGCCGGUUGUUGGGACCAGGAUGCAGGUCAGUUUCGCCACGCAACAAGAUCUUGUUUGGCCACGUGGGAGCAGACAGUGCAGGCUCUGAUGACGGCGGAACAAAAUAGUGGCUUCUCCUCUUCCUCGCAGAACCAAAAUCGAGUGUUCGCACCUCCAAAAACAAGCGGAAGGAAGAGCGGCUCUGUUGAUAAUGUUGAGAAUUCAUCUUCAGAGGACACCGCUGGGACUAAUUUUCCCAUCCGACUCGAUUCCACCGGAUUUUCGGAGCUGGAGCGAGAGAUGAAUCUAUCCUGCGGAGGAUGUUGUAGUGCAUCUCCUUGCCUAGUUUAAGCACGUGAGUCAUCAAGUUGUGAUCUUCAUCCUUUGCAUGUUAAGAGCUGCAUGACGAUCAUGCUUGUGGUUGUGACCGACUCCGCACAAAGAAAAAGAAUGCACGAGGAAGAGAAGCUUAGCCGUGCUGAGGCGUGCGAAAAAAUAAUCUGGCAUUCCGAGGAGAUGAUAACUCUUUCCAGCAGGAUAGUUCCGUGGCCUCGCCGAUUUUUUGAAAGCUUACCUGCUUGACCAAGAGAUUGCGGAGAGAGCAGCGGCUACCAAAGAAACCACGACCAAUACUGCAGGAACGACAGGAAGAGCUGCUGCUCCAAUAUCUUCCAGUAAAUCAGAGUUCAGUUGUUCCUCCUUUCUGGAGACGGCUUGCGGCGGAGUAGUACGCGAUGUUGAUCGAGCGGGCCACAAGUUUCGACUUCCGCGGAUUGCUUUUGAAAAUUCCGACCGCCUGAAAGGACCGGAGGUCCUGAUUCGCAAAGUGCUGAAACACGAGACUUCAGCAGCAUCACCGACCGCAGGCGAUGGCGAAUCCGCCAUCGCCAGUCCGGCUGCCAUCUCUUCUGUCCGAAAAUUUCUGAUCCUGUACGCAGAGGGACACAGCGUUUUUUCUCUACCGGAGAAGCAGGUUGAGGCUCUGGAGCCAGAUCACAACUACUUUUCAGCAGGUCCAGGUGUAAAGAAAACACGACGACCCCGCACAACAUCAUCUACCUCAAAGACGAACGCCACCAACGUCAGACUCACACAACUUCGACAAAAACUGGUUCAAUUUCGUGCCCUGGUAACUGGCGAAUUCGAUGCUGAAGCGUUUUUGCGGUAUUGCCCUCAGCGAGUGCUGAGAAGCAGCUUUCCGGGUUUGAACAUGAAGAGAAAUGAAAGUGAUGAAGAUCAUGCGUGUCGUGAAGAUCGUAGCAACAAGAAUCGCUCAACCUCAUGUAGUGAGGACGUGGACGAUGAAGAGAAGAAGAACUCUGCCUACCUCACAAAGUGUUUGGCCAACUGGCUACCAGAGCAGGAAGAGUGGGACAGGUGUCGGGAAAAGUUGGCGAAAAGCACGGAUUUCGACAGCUUGGUUACCAAACUGAAGGAGCUACACGACCGGGAAUUGUGGGAAAGCUUGAAGGUAGUGGGCGGAACCGGAACAUCUUCUUCUGCAUCAACACGCGGCUGUUCUUCUUGGGCACGAGGUCGUCACGCGGAGGAGCAGCGCGACGCAGAAGGGUCUUUCGGGGUUAAGAAAAAUUCUCCUGGGGGUGGAUCAUUCUUCUCAAAACAAGCAUUGUUGAUGCGUCGACGAGCAUGUCAAGCUCCUCUUGGUGUCGAAAAGCUCCAAUCGCUGCACAGGUUUCUCGUUGACAGCGAAGCCGUCUUUCUUCCAUUUUUUUCGCAGCGGAACAAGAACCUCGACGACCGCUGUGCAGGAGCCGCCUCCGCUACCCGCCAAGAAACUGGUGGUACAUCACAAGUGACGAGCACAAAAUUUCAACACAUCACGUACCACCCACACAUCACGACACAGAUUCCGCAAUCGGUGAAAGACGAAUACAGAUACCAUCUCCGCUCCCUGGUUGACUUCCGCUCCGCGGAGCAGAAAUUCUGCUUCGUGCAGUGUUUGCUGGAACGGAGGUACGAAACAGAAGCUCCGAGAUUGUUACAGGAGAUUGGGGAAUUGCAGAACGAAAUUUCUGCUGCGGGUGGCGAAAUUGAUGUCGAUUUGGAAAAUUUUGAUUCUACUUCAAGACCGAAGAAGGCUGCAGCUCCGACAGGAAAAAUGAACAAGAACAAAACUUCUCCCAUGACAUCUUUUCUGAAGAAAACAUUUCAGGAGGAGCAGAAAUUCGUCGAUUACGAUUUCAGAACCGCGGAACGAGAUGAUGAAAACGAAGAAGGAGUGGAAGCUCAACCGCUAGUAUCCCACGAAAAAACUGUUUCACUGUGAUGGUUUUGCAAGAUCCGCAUCACAAGUUUGCUACACAUGACGCAGAAAAUUUGCCAUGCGCGCUUUCCAAGGGAAUACACGCUUAAAAAUCCAAUGCCUUGCAGGUGUAGCAAGACAAGUAAUUCUGUGUUCCAUUCUAUGCAUCACAAGUUCACAGACACAGUGAAACAGUUUCUUCUUGCGAUAGCUAGAGCUCCUCGCCGCUGCUGGCGACCCGUUGAGUGGUGUGGUGUACUCGAAAAUGAGCUUGGUUGACUUCGCCAAGUGCGCGAAAGCCAUCUACGAAAAUGCGGCGUACCGGCCGGACGUUAUUUUGCUGGUCGGUGGGGACGUCGUCGUCGACACAGCUGCUGCGGAAGAAAGCCAAGUCCAAGAUGAUAUGGAGCAAAUAGCGAAUCUUUCGAACUUGGAAGUCGCAGUUCCCCUAGCGGCAAUGGCGAAGGGGAAGGUUUUCUACGUGGGCCAGGUUCAGGGAGGUGGGUCAGUAGAUAUUUCCAAUUGGAACUACUGCAACGUCACGAAAGAAGAGCAAGAUCAUGAAAAGCGAAUGUAUUUCUAGAUCUAGCGACGAAGUGAAAUGUCAAUGACAGAAUGGAGUUUUCCAGUUUGAUUUUGUGAACUGGUAAUGGAGCGACCUCGUUAAGGGUAAGGCGACACUACAAUGAACGGAAAUACGUGAAAGGUGUGACCACAUCGCUGUUGCUGUUUAACACAGCGGGCAGAGGCAAAAG